AUAAGACUCCUGAUUUAAUUUUACCUUCUCUCUCUCUCUCUCUCUCACUCGCCUUAAUCUCAUCUUUCAUAACCAUAAAUGUUUCUAUCAAAGCAUGCAUACCCACCAGUACUUCAAAUAUUGCAGCCAUGUUUCCAUGGCAUGUCUCUUACAUGGUCUUUUCAUUUUCUCAGCGACUCUACAACACUCUUUGUCUACAAUAAUCCUCAUCAUAAAAAAGCACCAGCUAAUAAUUAACUAACACCCCUGGGCUCAAAAUUCACACUCUCUAGUUUGGUCUCAUUCCGGGUCACAAAUCAUAAACAUUAUAAAUUUAUUAUUCAUGUCUGAUUUAUACACAACGGUUUCUUUGUCCUCCUAUCUUCCAAAAGAAUCUUAAAGUGUGUUAUUACUCUCUGUCUCUUUGUCUGUGUUUUCUUUCUCUUGAAACAGUUGAGCCAAUGGUUAACAUGCCCAUAAACGAUUUUUCACGUGGGGUUGUUGAAAUGACAAGGUUAAUGCUUAGUGUUGACUACUCAAGGCUCUUCUGGCUUUUAUUUGGCGUUUUCUCCUAUCAGAACCAUGAGAGGAAGCCUCGGAUUUUCUAGCACCCACUUUCAAAAGCUUCUUAGCGUUAGCAUGAGAUUAUAUAUAACUGUAUUGUUCUGUAAUUGCUGAAUAUUCUGAGUACUCGAUUAUAUCAUAUAUAUAUAUAUAUAUAUAUACACACACACAUUAAUAUAUAUAGGGAUGGAAUUUUCUGAUACAAUCAAUACAGCCAUGUACAAGGGAAGAUUUUGCACUAGUGGUGGAGUUAAGGCUCAGCUUGGAUAUGUUGAAACUGAUCCAUCUGGUCGAUAUGGCCGUUUCAGGGAUAUUCUGGGCAAAGGAGCUAUGAAGACUGUGUAUAGGGCAUUUGAUGAAUUACUAGGAAUUGAAGUGGCUUGGAACCAAGUCAAGCUCGGUGAUGUCUUUCAUUCACCAGAGCAACUUCAGCGCCUUUAUUCAGAAGUUCAUCUCCUUAAGCACCUUGACCAUGAAUCUAUGAUGAUAUUCUAUGGUUCUUGGAUCGAUGUCAAUAACAGAACCUUCAACUUCGUCACUGAAUUGUUCACCUCUGGCACCCUCAGAGAGUAUAGACAAAAAUAUAAGCGAGUAGAUAUCCGAGCAGUUAAGAAUUGGGCUCGCCAGAUUCUAAGUGGUUUGGAGUACUUACACAGCCGUAGUCCUCCUGUAAUACAUAGAGACCUCAAGUGUGACAACAUCUUUGUCAAUGGCCAUCAGGGUCAGGUCAAGAUUGGUGACUUAGGUCUUGCAGCUAUACUUCGAAGCUCCCAACAUGCCCAUAGUGUCAUAGGUACACCAGAGUUCAUGGCACCAGAACUGUAUGAAGAGAAAUACAAUGAGCUGGUAGAUAUAUACUCCUUUGGUAUGUGUAUGAUAGAGAUGCUUACUUUUGAGUUCCCAUACAGUGAGUGCUCCAACCCAGCUCAAAUAUACAAGAAAGUUACUUCGGGGAAGCUACCCGAUGCAUUUUACAAAAUCCAAGAUUCGGAAGCCCAGAAAUUCGUGGGAAAAUGUUUAGCAAAUGUCUCUAAUAGACCAUCAACAAAGGAACUUUUAUUGGACCCAUUUUUAGCCACGGAUCAACUUGAAUCACCAUGCAUACCGUUAUCUACAAAUCAAACUACUAAGCUCAACUACACUGCAGUAUUUCCCAGUGAGAAUCUUCCACCUUGUGAUCUAACAAAGAGCGCAGAUAUGACAAUCACAGGGUCAAUAAACGAAGAGGACAACACAGUUUUCCUCAAAGUGCGGAUAUGUGACAAAAUGGGGCUAACAAGACACGUGUUCUUUCCAUUUGACACAAUAAAAGACACUGCUAUUGAGGUGGCAAUGGAGAUGGUACAAGAACUUGAAAUUACCCACUUGGAACCAUUGGAGAUUGCUGCAAUGAUAGAUCAUGAGAUAUCAAGUUUGGUUCCAAGUUGGAGGGAUCGGGUUAAGUGUCACCAUCAACGACAAUACAGCUUUAACUAUGAAGAAGAUGAGGAUGUGAACAACCAUCAUCCUUUCUUCAUAUCAUCUUCUCCAUCAUCCCCCCAUGGGUCUCUCCACGUGUCUGCUUCCCCCUCCAAGACCCACUUGCGUGGAAACCAUUACCCUUUCACUCAAGAAUGGCCUCAAGAUGAUCUAUUUAUGAACGACGACACAGGCUCUCAAAGUUCAAUGAACUCCUUAAAGUGUUCCAAUUUCCAAUACUGCGAGCCAGCCCAUAACGAAGACGAGCCCGGCCCAACAGUUGCAGUAGAGAGAGGCGAACCAAACAAGUGUACAAGAAAACACGCAGCAGCAACUAGUUUCACGAAACAGUUUCAGUACCCGACGAGAGUGGACCCUUGCAGUUGUAGAUGUGGGUCGAGCCAAGGGUGCGCAAGGCUAACAAGGAUUCGUUCGUGCCCACACGAGCGUAGGAGCCAGUUGCUUCAGCGUUCGCUAAUGUUGGAGGAGAUGUACAAAUACAAGAGAAGGUUGUAUAACACUGUUGGGGCCGUUGAGAACAUUGGGUUUCGCCAUCCAGAGAGAACUGCAUGCUUAAUCCCUCGUUGAACCUUUCUGAUUUUGGUUUGUUAACAACAGCUCUGGUCUGUGAGUACAAGUAUUAAUAAUCUUUGUAAAAUGAAUCCUGUAAUUUAUAUGAUAAGACCGUAUCAAUCUGGUCUUUAUCUUGGAUCCUCCCACCAAAUUUAAACGAUCAAAAUCAAGUGAUUUUAUUAUACCUUCGGUUGAUAUAUUAUGGUCAGUGCAUAAUUUUAGUUUCUCAAUAAUUUCCUUUCAGGACUGAUAUCUUUACACAAAUCAAUAUAAUUAAUUAUUUUUUGU